GAGACGUAGGCGAGGGACACUCUGCAUUUUCUCAGAUGGAGCACAACAUUGUGGCUGGAUACUUAAUCAUGGCAGGGGUAAUCAGCAUUGCAAGCAACAUUGUGGUCCUACUCAUGUUUGUCAAGUUCAAGGAGCUGCGCAAUGCGACGAACACCAUCAUCAUCAACCUGGCCUUCACUGACAUCGGCGUUGCUGCCAUUGGCUACCCCAUGUCCGCUGCUUCAGACCUCCACGGCAGCUGGAAGUUCGGUUUCACUGGCUGCCAGGUCUACGCAGCUUUGAACAUCUUCUUUGGUAUGGCCAGCAUCGGACUCCUCACAGUGGUGGCCAUCGACCGAUAUCUCACCAUCUGCAGAGCAGAUAUAGGACAGAAGAUGAACACAUGCUCCUAUACCUUAAUGAUUCUAGCUGCCUGGACCAACGCCCUCUUCUGGGCCUCCAUGCCCGUGGUGGGCUGGGCGAGCUACGCCCCAGAUCCCACCGGGGCCACCUGCACCAUCAACUGGAGGAACAAUGACUCGUCUUUUGUUUCCUACACCAUGGCUGUAGUACUUGUGAAUUUCCUCAUUCCCCUGUUGGCCAUGUUAUACUGUUACUACAAUGUUUCUGUAUCCAUGAAGCGAUACAUUUCCAGCAACCACUUGGAUGUCACCAACCUUGACUGGUCUGACCAGGUAGACGUCACCAAGAUGUCCAUAGUGAUGAUUCUGAUGUUUCUUGUGGCCUGGUCGCCAUACGCCAUCGUGUGCCUUUGGGCAUCCUUCGGCGACCCCAGAACAAUACCCGCUACCAUGGCGAUCAUCGCACCUCUUUUUGCCAAAUCAUCAACCUUCUAUAACCCUUGCAUAUAUGUGAUUGCCAACAAAAAGUUCAGAAGGGCCAUUGCCGGGAUGCUACUUUGUCAGACACGACAGCAGAUCACCAUCAACCACCAUAUUUCCAUGACCAUCUCCCAGCUGCCCCUUGCACAGUAAGGCCUGAGACCCCCUGGGAGAUGGAGCUGG